AUGCCUCACAUUCAACGGCAGCAAAGCGAGGGUGGCCGUGGAGGCGCGCCGAAGUGGAACCGUCUGCGUUCGUUGCUGCCGCAGAUUGCGAGCCAGGGUAGGAGCCACGCGCCGCACUCGUCGGCAGUUGUGCCUGCAUCGGUGAACAUCACGGACGAACUGAUCGCAGGAGGGUUGUCGUCCCUUGUGUUUGGCCUCUGGUUUGAGCGUGACGAGAAAGAUCAUCGUCGUGUGCCCAUCCUGUUUCACCGACUACGCAUCCGCGUCAGUGAUAGUCUACAUCCGCUACAUGGACACAAAGCCGUGUUCCGGAUCGAAUGUGAGUACGCGAACGGCGCUGUGCGAUGGGUCGUGUACCGCCAGCUGCGCGAGUUCCUUUCGCUGCAUACACACUAUGCGCUCUCGAACGCAUAUCUACGCAAUGUGGAAACACUGCCCGAAUUUCCACGCACGAGUUUGCCCUACUUCAAGUUCUUGAAGGAGCGAGGCAGGGAUGUAGGUCGAGCUGACUUCGCUCGCUUACAGCGCGAAGCACUGGAGAACUAUCUGAUUGGCCUGAUUCGUGCCGUUAUGUGGCAUCCAGCAGCUAAUCGGCUCGCAGGUUUCCUGGAAAUCAGCGCGCUAAUGAUAUCCCUUGCUCAGUCUGGCGGGGCGCAGUACAAGGCAGGCCUCCUGCGACUUGAUGCGGUUGGUAACAAGGGCUCGUUCGGGCGCAAAGGUAUUCCCUGGCGGGAACGUAAGGCGCAGAAGUGGUGCUCCAUCCGAGAAAGCUACCUAGUUGUACAUCAAGAGAUGGGCGAGCUCGUAGUAUGGGACGUGUUUCUCAUCGACUCGGAUUUCAAGAUCGAACGUCCUACGCGAUAUUACCGUCAAGGUUUGAACGUGUUCCACCAUUCUCUUGUGUCGCCAAGCCCCUCUUCGCCCCGACCGUUGACACCAAUGCUGGACCCCUCGACAAACACUGAUCCCUUGAUGGCACCGGAGGAUCAUGACGAGGCUACCCGUGAGGCUGCAGGAGACAAGCAGACAAACAAGAAACGGCGUGACAAUGAAGUAUCAAAGCACACGUUCUAUAUUGAGAACGCUCAGAUGCGCCUGAAGCUGAUCGCUAAGAACGAGCGUCAGAUGUUGCAGUGGAUAGCCGCACUCGAGAGAGUGGCUCGAGAUUGCCAUUAUACGGGCAAGAAUCGCUUUGACAGUUUCGCGCCGAUUCGUCUCAAUGUUGCUGCACAAUGGUUGGUAGACGGCCGCGAUUACUUUUGGAAUCUGUCUCGAGCUAUUCUUCUAGCGACCGAGUCCAUCUACAUCCAUGAUUGGUGGCUUUCACCUGAACUUCAAAUGCGGCGGCCUCACAUGCACAAGUACCGCCUUGAUCAUCUGUUGGAGCGGAAGGCAAAGGAAGGCGUGAAGAUCUACAUCAUCGUUUAUCAGGAGGUUUCUAGUCGGACAACGCCGACGGACAGCAAUUACACCAAGCAAAGGCUUACGGCUCUUCAUCCGAACAUCAUGGUGCAACGAUCGCCAUCGCAUUUUCAGACAGGCACGCUCUACUGGGCACACCACGAGAAAUUGUGUGUGAUCGAUCAGGCGAUCGCGUUCAUGGGGGGCUUGGAUGCGUGCUUUGGGAGAUGGGACACCCCACAGCAUGUACUUGUGGACGACCCUGACCCAGAUUCUGACGAGCCGGAGCACAUCUGGCCUGGUAAGGAUUACAGCAAUCCACGGAUACUUGACUUCCAUACGCUAAACAAGCCGGACGAUGACAUGUACGAUCGUUCAAAAAUACCUAGAAUGCCUUGGCAUGAUGUCGGCAUGCAGGUUGUAGGGCAGCCUGCACGAGAUGUUGCUCGGCACUUUGUUCAGAGAUGGAAUCAUUUGUUGAGAAUUAAGAAUCACUCUCGAGUGAUGCCGUUCCUGCUUCCUCCUCCCGAGUUCAAACCGGGGGAACUGUCACAGAUGGGCUUAACCGGUACAUGUGAAUUACAGAUCUGCCGCUCUGCCGGCCCUUGGUCCAUGGGUACUCCAGAUCGUGUUGAACACUCGAUACAGAAUGCAUAUCUCAAAGCCAUACAGAUGUCAGAACAUUUCGUGUAUAUCGAGAACCAGUUUUUCAUCACAUCAACUGUUGUGAACGAGGUCAAGGUCGAGAACAAGAUUGGAGACGCUCUCGUACAUCGCAUCAUCCGUGCUUUCCACGAAGGAACGCCAUGGAAGUGUUGCGUUAUUAUACCCCUAUUACCUGGGUUCGCAUUUCCCGUCGAUCACAGCGACGCAAGUGCGAUUCGUAUAAUUAUGGAAUGCCAAAACCGGACAAUCUGCCGCGGGCCCAACUCGAUUUUCGCGAGGUUGAGGAAGGAGGGGAUUGAUCCGGAUGAGUAUAUCACGUUCUUUUCGUUACGGAAUUGGGCCAAACUGCGCGGGGAUGUUUUGACGACAGAACAGGUCUACAUUCAUGGGAAGGUAUGCAUUGUCGACGACCGGCUUGCGAUUAUUGGAAGUGCAAACAUCAACGAACGCUCGCAGCGGGGCGAUCGUGACUCAGAGAUCGCUGCCAUCAUCCGAGACACCGACAUGAUUGAUUGUACCAUGGCAGGCAAGCCUUUCAAAGUAGGCCGGUUUGCGCAUACCUUGCGCGUCCGCCUUAUGAGGGAACACAUUGGUGUAGACGUGGACGCUUUGUAUGAAGACGAUCUGAUGGGAUCGGAGCCGGUGAAGCCUGCGGAUGCCCAAUCUGAAUGGGACCCCGAGUCCGAAGAGGAACACGGUAAGGAAACAGGCGUGACUCGUAUUGCCAAGGGUCAAAGGCGGACUGCAAUGGGCAACGUAUUCCAUGACACUGUCGACGGAGUGGAGCAAGCGAUCAACGGUUAUAGCGACGCAGGCUCCAAGGAUGUUGCUUUCUUUUUACGCAAAGCUGGUAUCAAGAGUAAGGGCCUCAAUAUGACGGCGAGUGACAAGGCUUUAAGGGAAGAACGUGAGAUGUUUGAUCGCAAUGGCGAAAGAGUGCCGGGUUUCCCAAGCUCGGUUGUUCCCACGAUUGAAGAGAAGAUUAUCGCAGAAAAUCGACCUUCCUCCGAUCAAGGUGCCGGAAGCCGUAUUCAAGAGGAACCCACCCACGCAUACAGUUCUACAGAUGACGGGACCCCUCCACAUAUACGAACGAAGGAUGGUGAACUCUUAGGCGCGCCCGCAAAUGCCGUUCCCGAUUCACAGCAUGACGAAUCGCCCCCUCACGCGAUUGGGGCGUUGUCCGAUGCUGAUGAAGAGGAGGAAAAGGGCCCAAAAGCGCGCUCCCUUCUGCGGAAACACGUUAGUGCGAAACUCGGCUCCAAGCCGUGGGCGCUACCGACUCCGACACCCAAGGUGUAUCCGAAUGGCUUCGAAGAUCCGGUAUGUAACGCCUUUUGGAGGAAUGUUUGGCUAGCCUGCGCUGCACAUAAUACCGAAAUAUAUAGGAAGGUCUUCCACGCUGUUCCCGACGAUCUCGUCACUACCUGGAAGCAAUACAAGGAUUUCAUCGCACAUCACGAGCGGCUAAAUCAACCGGCGAGGGAAAGUGAAUCCCGCGAACCAGUUGCGCGCGUGCCAUCAGAAGCUGGAGAUCGUGACUCUCCAGGACGGCCUCAUCCAGCCGAGAACGGGCAUGCGACAGACUUCGCCCGCAAUACUACGACGGGCAAGGAACUGAACGGAGAUGCGUCUGAUACACAUCCGGCGACACCGACGUCGUCCACUCCACCCACAGCUGGGACUGAGAAGGACGGCAGAGGACGCCGAGCUGCGCGGGGCGUCGAACCCUUUGAUGAAGCCGAUAGAGAGGAAAUGGAACACUUGCUUGAAGAAUUACGCGGACAUCUAGUGUUAUAUCCAACACGAUUCUUGGAGGGCGAAGAUGCUGCCAAUAAUUUCUUGUUCAAUGCGGAUCGGCUGAUGCCCUUACCUAUAUAUGACUAAAGUGUGGCUCAGAACCUGCCCCGAAUCUAAGAGGUGAUGAACACAUAAUAAUAUGCUUUUUCUUGGACUUCUUGGGUCUGUUCCUUGGUGGACAUUGGCACGCUCCUUAGCAUACUCAUGAGUCCGAUAAUACGGAUCGCAUUACAUGUAACAUGAUAAAUACCCGCCUGCAUUCAGUAGCUCAUACUUAUGUAUUAAGACAUCAAAUAAUUACGAUAUAAGCAAAGACUAGCA